AAUGAUGUCAUACAUGUGGCCUUCAGGGUCGACCUAGUGAGUAAACAGUUGCUGUUGAUAUUUGCGAAAAAUGUGAAUAUCUACGAAAUCGACUACAACAUAGUGUUUAAUUUUUUACAACAACCACCCCUACACAAAUUAAGCCAAAAAUGGACGUGCCCACCUUCGUCGACAAAUUCCACACCCUCCAAGGAACCACCCUCGCCGACAAACAAAAAACCUUCAACUCCCUCCUCCACAACAUCCCCGCGGACCACGACACACUCCUCUCCUCCCUCACCCCAACCACCCACUUUGAAACCCUCCUCAAACUCCAACUCCUCCUGCGCCUCAAACGCACCCCCGACCUCCUCCAAGUCCUCAAAAACGAGCACGAACUCCUCCCCGCCAAACUCCUCAAAAAUAAGUGGUUCUGCCAACAAUUGGCGGCAACGUUGGACGACAACAGCGCCGGUUUCGUCGACGCGGUGUUGCCGCACACUUCGUACGUCAUCAGACAACGAAUAAUAACGAAGUUAGCCGUGUAUGGUACGAAGCUAGACACAGUAUACGAAGAAGUACGUACUCGAUAUGGCGCCCAUAUCGCUGCACCCCUCGUGGUGGCUUGCACCCCGUCAAAAAUCGAACAAGUUUUGACCAGUGAUAGAGUUGACUUGACGCCGCUUUGUCAGAAGUUGCUCUACCAGAAACAACCCCAACUUUUCACCAAGUAUGCCAAAAACGUCGAGGAUUCGGUUUAUCAUUACGUGGCGAGGCGCAACCUCGAGGAUUUCGUUGAACUGAACAAAAGCGGGUGUGUUGGAGGGGCGUUGGGGAAGCACUUGACCAGAAGACUUCUGACAAGUGCCAAAGAGGUGGUGAUCGCUCAAGCUGGUAACUUCAGUUGCGUCAUACACCUAAAAACGGUAAUCAAGGUGUUGACGGACCACGAACUCAAACAAUUUUUCUUCAACUGUUCGCCACAAACCAUAGACAGCCACAGGUCGUAUUAUUCAAAUAUUGGAUUCACGGCACUCACGAAGGCACUAGGGACCCGAUACUACCGGCUUUUGUUUGACAACGUGGCCACAAAACACAACAAGAGUCUCUACGACUUUCCCAAUUUGGUUGACAAUAAAAUGUUGGAAACGAUGGAAAGUGAAGAGAGACUUAAGUGGGUGUCUAUUAAAAAAAAAAGUGGGACGUCGGAGGACGAUUUGGUGCCUUUUUUGAGACCAGAAGAUGCUAUUGGUUUAAUCAAGAAGAAAAUUAAUGUUACGUCGUCGAUUUCGACGAGGGAGCAACUCGUUCGGGACUUAGUCAAGACUUGCCAAGUCAAUGGGGACUUAAACGCUCUGGCUGAAGUGGGCGAAUACGUGUGUUCUAGACACAGAAACGACAAUGAAUGUGUCUUAAUCAGUUUCGUCGGCUCGAUAGAAAGUCUUUUCUCGUUGGAGAAACUGGGGGAACGCCAUUGGGGGUCCAUCAAUCAGAUUUUAAAGAUUGUCAAAGUUGAUUGGAUAAGGGGCAAUUUUGACUUAAAAUACAUCGAGUUUCUGUUUCGGGAGAAAAAGUUAAGUGAUGAGAAAAUCCGCGAUUUUUAUGGAACCAAGAACGAGUGGUACCGGACGGAAAUUAAAGAACUACGUAAAGUGUUACUGUUGAAGUUCAUCGAUUUAGUACCACAAUUCGAAAAAGAGAACUUAGAAUACACCGACUUGAAGUACCUAAAGUACAUCUUGGAUUGGAAUAGUCAAGCGGAUAAAGACAACCAGAUUCGUCUUUCUGAUCACCCUAGACUUAUCCAGUCUUUGCAAAAAUCGAUGACGAUGGCCAUCGAAGUCGACUCUUACAUCCCCGAACUCCACCUGCUUUCACCCAUUCUAACCACCCUAAUUUGCACUAAACGACAGUCGGAUCUUCGAGCCGAAGCCAUCCAGAACUACUUCACCACGGGGUUCCGCUUCUUCAACCAAAACAUAGACAUGUGGUUGCUGAAACACCAACCUUGGGUGAUCGACAACCACCUGGACAAGUUCCUCGAACACCUAUUCCACGGUUUCACCCCAAACCUCUCCCUCCUCAACUACAUAAAAACAUUCACUCCCCCGUCCUUCCAACGCAAAGUCGUCAACCACGCUUUAGCCAACCUCGCCAAAUUCGAAAACAUCGACGUCAUCUUCCACGUCCUCGUCAUCCUGGAACCCCCACAAGCUUUCCUGGAACACAUCGCCCCUUUUUAUCCCUCAGGCGACAAAGUCCUCGACGAAACCGACGACGAUCGUCGACAAAGCAACGUCGCUGUAGCAAUAGCAAGCAGUUUUAAGUACGCCACAAGCGUCCAAGUCCUACCCAAACUGAUACAGUACUGCAAGGGCGACUUUCUGCGCUACUCGUUAGAGUCCCUCUACUACUUGUUCUACCACUCGCCCGAAAACCAGCUCAGUUCGUUCAUCAACGACCUCUCCUCCAAAGCCGUCUCCGUCCGAAAACACUCCAUCUUCUUGACUUGCAUCGUGGGCAGCGUCGCCGACGUGCAAAAACUGGUUACGCGUUUCAUCGAAAACGAGCGCAACGUUUCGGUGCAGAAGCAUCUGUUCACCGCGGCUUUGAAGUACUUCAUCAGGAAUCCGUCGGACGAAUUCUGGCACUGCGUAAAAGUGUGUAUGUCAAAACUGGACAAGAAUGACAGCGAGAGCUUCGACUUGUUGGUAAAUAUUGGCCGAAUCCCCCAUAAAUACCAAACCCAGCACGUCAUCUUCGUGUGGGACAUUCUAAACAAGAGCGAAAACUCCAGACCGAGACUACUAUCAUCCAUACCGGUCCCAGUUUUCACGGAACUCCCCCUAGACUUUCUCCUCGAAGUCAUCACCCACAACUUUUUCCAAACCGAAUCCAGUUGCGCCAACGUGAUUGACAAUUUCGUGGUGACGUCACUCACCCACAGUAUCCACAAAAACCGCGUUCUAGACACGGUUUUCCAGCUGAUCAAAACCGUGAAAAUUUCGGACUGUUCAUUACCCGACGAAGUAACCAAUCGAAAAAAAUUGUCCUCGUUCGUGGACAAUUUAGUUAGUAGUGUCACAUUGUCCGACGACUAUACAAUCCUCCCCUCUUUUUCGCAGCGUUGGCACGACUUGUUUUCGGUCACGCAGGCCAUGCAAGAACACUUGCGUUUGUCUUUUGCACUCUUGUAUCUACAAAGCGGCAAAGACUUGACACAAUUCGCGACCGCUGUGGCCGAGUUCUUGGAUAACUUAGUUACGACGUACGGCGUAGUCGUCGUCGAUUGUUUUGCCAGUGUGUUGAAGAAGUCGUUGAUGAGUUUUCUGUGUUGUUAUAAAGAGAGUAACGAGGACUUGUUUAAGUUCGUUUUGUACUUGGUCGGGAAAGAUAAUUUGGUUUUUUAUUUGUUGGCUAUUAAGUUGUUACCGGAGGAGCCGCCGGAGGAAGACGCAGCCAAAAAGUUGUUCGAAGAAGUCGUCCGGGUGUUGAGACAAGUGCCUCAGGAGUCAAUACAGAUGUUGAUGAAUGUUUAUGUUAUGGAUUUGGUGCUUUAGAAACGCUUACAGUUGUAUUUUCACAAAUAUUAAUGCUAUAUGUA